AUGCUCUCCCGUUUCGUAUUUCCACUAGAUCCCGGUACCGGUGAACCAGGUGAAACGGCAAAGGAGUCACUCAAUUUGAAUGUGCUGCCGUUUGCCUCGCCGAUCGCAACACAACUUCAGUCGAGUCCAAGCAACCAGAUCAAUGGUGACCUUAAACCGACCACCGUUCUGGUUGGGAUACUGCAGUUGGAAUUGCCAAACGAUAGAACAGUCCGUAUUCCGGUCAGUGUGAAGGCUGACGAGCUCAAAAGGUGUUUGGCCAGCUUGGGGACUAGUGUGAACACUCUUCUAGCAUCCAACCAGGAGCGAAUGGGUGAUGCGAAAAAUGAAACAGUCCCUACUUCACCCCAAAAGUCCGAGUCUGAUGCGUAUCACCAUUCUCAAGAAUCAGCGCUCAAAGUCGCUAAGGAUCAACAGAUUUUCGUGCCAAAAUCCCUACCUUGUUCAGCGUCCUCUCCCCUCACGGACUCAGUUGCAAUCAGUACACGAACGCAAGAGGAGCUGCAAGCGGCCAGAAUUAUUUUGUCUUUGGCGAACUCGGGAGCAGUGCCUUUGGACCAUCAACAACGACAACAUGAACAGGACAAGCCGCAGAGCAGCGAAUUGGGCGAGACUAUCUCUGUUGAACACUGUGAUGAUGCACCCUCUUCCGUUCUUUCGAGCAUCACACAAGGACAGCAGCAAAACGUCCACGCACCCAUCACGUUUUCUCGGAGUUGCUCUCAGAGCGGAUGCAAUAACGGCAUGGGAAAGACUGUCGACAGUGAUCCGUCGAACCUUGUGGCAUUUUCUACCGGUCCUUUCAAUGCUUCCAGGCCAAGGUGGCCAAACGAAUCCCCCACGACUGCUCCUCGUUCAUCACUCAGCCGCAGUGCAGAUCCCCUAACCUGCCAACAACAGAAGCAACAGUCCGAAAUCAAACCGCACAGCGACCCAAAAACACCCCAUACACAGGAGAUUCCAAAUCAAACCACCAGCCCGACAAGUCCAAUGGGGUCAAUCAAGUACCGCAAACAACACGGGACGAUUCGCCCGCCUCCAAAGAAACGUCUCUCGGUGCAUUAUCAACGAACACCUAGUGUUGCGUCUCCAGUGGUGGUGGUCUCAGGUAGGUGUCGUUACCGAGCAACUUGA